AUGCAUUCUUUAAUGCUGCGGUUAGUGAUACGGAAUACAAGACGAAUUUUAGAAACAACACAGGAUGAUCAUCAUCAAAAAGAAAAUUUAAAUAAAUUAAAAAGCAUGUUAUUAAAUUCAAAUUAUCCAUUAAAAGAUAUUGAAAAAUUAAUAAGACAAGCAUGUGAAGAAUGUAAGUCAAAUAGAAACGAUAACAAUGAUAACAAUAACAACAAUAUAUCAAGUCAGAACAUUGAAAAUGAAGAAAUGAAAUGUAGUUUAUCGUUACCAUAUGGUCCUGGUAUGGAAGUGCUAAAACGAAGACUUGAGAAGAAAUUAAAAAUCAAAUUAUAUUUUUCUUAUCCAUACAAAUUACAAUCACAGCUCAAUCGAUCAUUACAAACUCCAUUAAAAUCUGUUGUUUACCAAAUUUCUUGUUCAAGCAAACAAACGUAUGUUGGUCAAACUAAAGUUGGUAUAGAUAAUCGUAUGAAACAACAUUCAAAAACAAUAAAUGAUAAUAAAAAUGAUAGUAAUUCAGAAAUAGUCAAACAUUUUCAAGAAAAGAAAUUUCAGUGUUUAUUUGAUACAAAUGAUGCAUUUGUUAUUGAUGAAGAAAAAGAGUAUUGGAAAAGACCCACAAAAGAAGAAAUUGAUACGGAAAAGGAUUAA